UUUAAAACUUGCUGAAUAUUUAGGCUUGCUAUAUGCUUGUAAUAUAGUUAUCGUCUUUCUUUAGGCUAUGCGGGAAGGUAAGCGUUGUGUUACAGCUCAUUGGUUGAAUGAUAUUCUUGCUAAGAAGAAAAUGAAACAUCCCUGGUAUGCUCAUCACCUUCCAGUUCCAUUUUCUGAUGAGAAGCCAUGCAAAAAUCAGAUAAUAUCUAUAUCAAAUUUUGAAGCUGAUGAAAGGACAGUACUGAAGCAUGUUAUCCAGAUAUUAGGGGCUAAAUAUACAGGAUACAUGACAUCACACAAUACAGUUAUUAUUUGCAAAAGGUACAUUUAUGUUUUCAUUGUGAAAGAAGGCAAAAAAGUACAAAGAGCAAAAAGUUGGAGAAUACCGGUUGUUAAUGUACAGUGGCUCCAUGAUUUGAUGUUUGGCCAUUUUGAAGCACUGAGAUUACCAAUGGCUCACAAAUAUCAGCAAUAUGAUUUGGAUAAUCCAUUUGCGUUAGAUUAUGCCUUAGUUCCACAUCUUAUGGCUGCAUGGAAAGUUCCUAUAAAGAUCAGCGAAGAAUUGUUAAAGAAACAUGAUAUAAAGGAAAGCAGUGCAAAUGAAAAAACUGCAGCUGUUGAGAAAAAUAAAUUAGCCAUUGGUUCAGAGCACAAUGUUGAUUUCCAUAAUUAUGAAAUGCUAGUUGAGUCUCCUCCAUUGGAAGAAAAUAUUCCACUUACUACUCAAAAUCCACCAGAUAAUGAAAACAAACCUAGGGUAUUGUUUUCUGGACUUUUAAAUAUUAAAGAAUAUGCUAAGAUUGUGUGCCAGCUUGGAGGGUGUUUGGCUAAAUCACCUGUAGAAAGCACUCAUCUUGUCGCUAAUCAGUAUGUUAGGACUGUGAAAUUUCUUUGUGCUAUUCAUGUUGUGAAAUAUGUUGUUACUGUAGACUGGCUGAAGGAAUGUGAAAAGCAGAAUCAAUUUGUAGAUGAAGAACCAUAUAUACUUCAAGAUCCCGAAAAUGAAAAAACAUAUAGUUUUAGCUUGAAAAGUACAUUAAGAAGAAUAGAUAGGACACCUUUAUUUAAGGAUUUUAUAUUCUUUAUCACUGCUGGUGUAUUUCCCAAACCUGAUGUUCUGAAGCUGAUUAUUGAAGCUGGUGGUGGAAUACCUGUAUUUAAAAAGGCUCCUUCUCUUAGACAAGUAGAAACUUUAAAGCAGAGUGGUAAAAAAUUUGUGAUAAUUACCUGUGAAAAUGACCUCCAUCUGUGUAAAAUGUAUCUAGAAAAAAAUAUAAGUGUACAAAAUGUAGAAUUUGUUUUGACAGGAAGUGUGAGACAGGACUUGGAUUUCACAUCAUUUGCAUUUACAUCAUAAAACAUUUCUAUUUUAAUUACAUCAGAAAUGUAUAUUUUGUUAAACAGAGUACCUCCUAGAUGCCUUUUAAAGUGCCAUAUGUAGUGCGUACAUAUUUUUUGUGCAAUAUGCUGUUUGUUCCAAGGCACUGAUGUAUAUAGCUGUAUGUAGAUUUUAUGAAUAAAAUCUUAUUUUUUGCAACUUCA